GGAACCGGAUGAAGAAGAAAUCAGUUUGGCGGAUACGUUUGGCUGAAGUCUCCCAAACACUGUACGAUAUGGCUGCUUCCAUUGACAGCUUACUGGAGGAAAUCGCUGGGGUUGAAGACCCAGUUGAAGAACUUCAGAGUUUAAAAACUGCUCUGUUGGCGAUUCCUGUCAGUGCCUUGAAGGACUCAGUGAGAGGACAGCGUUUAGAUGUCAUAUUCUCUCUGCUCAACUCCAGUGACAGGGCACAGGUGGAGCUAUGCGUAGACAUCCUUGAACGCAUCUUAAUGGCCAUGAGCCCUGUGCAUGUGGUCCAGAACUACAGAGCGGAGCUGCAGCGGGGGUUGACUCACCCAAAUGACACUGUUAAGAUACUGGCCUUGGCACAGAUUGGGAGAGUGGUGGAGGACCCUGAUGCUGUUACUGAAAUUCUCAACAACCACGACGUCCUCCGAGCAGCGAUCCGGUGCAUCGGAGAGGAGAAGAUGGCUGUGGCAAAACAGGCGAUUCAGUCCUUGUCUAAGUUCAGUCAUUCCAAGCCUGGAUUAGACAAAUUAUUCCAGACUGACCUGCUGCAAGUCAUGAAGGAUGUGAUGGCCACAAGUGACAUUAUUAGAUACAGAAUAUAUGAGCUUGUGGUGGAAAUCUCGGCUGUAUCUCCUAUUUCUCUCGGUUACUGUGCCAACAGCGGCCUCAUUUCUCAGCUGCUCAGCGAACUAACAGGAGACGACGUAUUGGUCCGGGUCACAGCUGUAGAGAUGGUUACAACUCUUGCACACAGUCAGCAUGGUCGGCAGUAUUUGGCCCAGCAAGGUAUCAUGGAUAAGAUCUCAAACAUGAUCAGAGGAGCCGAGACUGACCCCUUCUCUUCCCUCUACCUUCCAGGUUUGGUGAAGUUCUUUGGGAACUUGGCCAUCAUGGACAGUCCACAGCAGGUUUGUGAAACCUACCCAGCUUUUCAGAACAAAGUGUUUGAGAUGGCGCUUGAUCCGGACCCUGUGAUGAUCGGCGUGGCUCUGGACACUUUGGGAUUACUGGGAUCUAAUGUGGAGGGGAUGCAGGUUCUUCAGAAAACAGGAGAAAAGUUCAAGGCUGUGUUGUCAAAAAUGAGCCAGCUUGCCAGUUCUGGACCUACAGAGCUCAGAGUUCGAAGCUUGGACGCGAUAUCACAACUUCUCUCCCUACAGCCAGAGCAGCAGACAGAAGACCUUUUGGCCCUGACAGAGUCAUGGUUCCACCUUUUGUCCAGCCAGCCCAUGGACAUGAUUCGCAACAUCAGCACUCAGCCCUUUCCAGAGCUGCACUGUGGAGCACUGCGGAUAUUCACUGCCAUUGCCACUCAACCAUGGGGCCAGAAGCUGAUGAUUAACACUCCGGGAUUCAUGGAGUUCAUUUUGGAUCGUUCAACGGGCCAGACGAAGGAGGCCAAAGAUGCCAAGUUUGAACUGAUUGGGGCACUUGCAGGUUCAUCAACAGCAGCUGAGAUCCUGGGCAGUCAGCACUACAUCCGCGUGAAGACUUACCUCAGAGAAGGACCUUACUAUGUUUCAGCUGUGGCCGCAGUCAGCACAGAGGGAGCGGACUGAGUCAAAUUAACAAUAAACCAAUUCAAAUACACUUCAUGGGCUUCUAGUUGAUGCUUAAGUAAUGGAUAAGUGGCUGAGUGAUCGGUGUUUGGAUUAAUAUAACAUACUCUGCAAUCUCUACAGCAUCUGGAUAAAAAAUUACCAUGUAAAGGAUGAUUAAAAGUUCUUAGAAAAAAAUAAUUUAUCUUCAGUACUUGUACGGCUAGGUUGCAGCUGCACUACAUUCAAUAUUUAUCAGGUUUUUUUGGCAGAACACUAAACACCUGAUCUUUAUCUUCAGUCAUAUUCUGUUACUGCAGUUUACAAGUACAUAGAUCAUUGUUUAUAAAAUGACAAAAAUAUUCUCCAUCAACCAUAUCGGUAACCACUAAACAAAUAACAUGCGUCACUUUUGUUGCUAUGAAUGAAAAUCAGAAAUUAGAUUUUAAUCACACUCAGAAAGCUUGUGUUUAAAACCAAAAAAGGUAAGAGGUUUCUAAUAAAAGAUUCAGCUUUGAUUUCCUUUCCUCCUUUGAUUGCAAUGACAUCAGCAAAUUCUUGAGUAUCUUAUCUUAUAGCUUGACUUCAGUCUAUAUUUUUCCCAUGAAGCAUCUUCACACAGUAGAGGUCAAACAAGAUGAAUGAAUGAGUACUAUACCAGCACACCCACGUCUUAUCUGUAAAGUCCCCACAUACCGUGUUAUGUUAAGGUGUUUAGUUUAAGCGUCUUUACCAAUACUUAAGUAAAAAUUUAAAAAAACAAAACAUCCACACACUUAUACAAUUCCACAUCAGUGUAUUUGGAUCCAAACAACUUAAAAGGAAAAAAAAACAACUUUGUCUUCAUAAUUUUUUCCUUUCCAUUUUUUGUUUUUUUUUGUAAUUAAAGAAGUUUCUGUCUCGCAA